CACACACACACACACACACACACACACACACACACACACACACACACACACACACACACACACACACCAGUCUGCUGUGUGGAGGAUCGGGGGAGAAAGUCCACUGAAACAAGGAUUCAGCUUCAAAGCAAACAAAUGGCUACAGAAAAUUACAAGAUAUUCAAUGACUCUGUCCAUGGCCAUAUCAGGCUGCAUCCCCUGCUGGUUAAAAUCAUUGACACACCAGAGUUUCAGCGACUGAGAAAAAUCAAGCAGUUAGGAGGAGGCUAUUUUGUCUUUCCAGGAGCUUCUCACAACCGCUUUGAACAUUCCAUCGGUGUGGCUCAUCUAGCAGGAGAACUUGUGCGGAGUCUGAGAGCACAUGAAAGUGAGAUAACUGAUCAAGAUGAACUCUGUGUUCAGAUUGCAGGAUUGUGUCAUGACCUGGGUCAUGGCCCUUAUUCUCAUGUAUUUGAGAUCUUCAUGAAGGAGGAAAAGCCAGACUUAAAUUGGACGCAUGAAAAAGCAUCAAUUGAAAUGUUUGAACAACUGAUGAAUAACAGAAUGAAUGGAAUUCGGGAAAUCAUGGCCAAAUAUAGACUUGAUGAUCAAGACAUUAUGUUUAUCAAGGAGCUCAUCUUUGGCCCAAAUCCACCUAAUGGGGUGAGCAAUCAACUGCCAAAGCAAUCUUCAGAUCCAAAUGAAAAAGAAAAGUGGCCCUACAGAGGAAGACCAAUGGAUAAGUCCUACUUGUAUGAGAUUGUGGCAAAUAAAAGCACAGGUAUUGAUGUCGACAAAAUGGAUUAUUUCAGUAGAGAUUGCCUCCAUCUGGGAAUGAAAAGCAACUUCUCCCAUGAGCGCUACAUGAAGUUUGCACGAGUUUGCACCACUGAAAAAAACGAAAAGAAGAUCUGCAUGAGAGAUAAGGAAGCACUGAAUAUGUAUGAACUCUUUCACAUUCGCUACCUGCUUCACAAAAACGCCUACCAACACAGGGUUAAAAAGGCAAUUGAACUAAUGAUUAUUGAUGCACUUUUGGCAGCUGAGAAGGAGAACUUUAAGCUGGAUGGCAAGACAAUAUCUGAGACUGUAUCUGACAUGAGUACAUACCUGAAACUCACAGAUAACAUUCUUGAUGAUAUUAAAAGAGAAACAGAAAAUGCAAAAGAGAUCAUUGAGAAAAUUGAGAGACGUGAUCUUUACAGAUUUAUUGAUGGAAAACUAUACAAAGGGAAACCAGAAUGGCUGAGGACUGAGCGUGUGAAAACGAAACUGAGCAAGUUCACACAAAGCUCUGAAGAAGACUUCAGAGUCACAGUAAUUAACUUUGAUUACGGGCAGAAAGAGAAAAAUCCUAUAGAUUCUCUGUGGUUCUACAGAAGAGACAAUACAGGGACAGCCAUAAAGCUGGAGAAGGAUGAGGUCUCUUACAUUAAGCCAGAAGUCUUUCAGGAAACCAACGUCUUUCUGUUCUACACGAAAAGCACUGCCCACGGCCUAAAUGAUGAGCAGCUUAAAAAUUUUUGGAACUCAAUAGAAAUAAAAAAUUAUAGACGUAAGACAAUUUAAUGAGGGUUUAAAAGCACUAGAUUGUGUGUGUUCAGGGGAUCGGUGUGCUCCUAUAUUUAGUGAUUGAGUAAACGUCAAUAUUUUUUACUUACCUUUCACUCACAAGAUAAUAGAGUUCCAUAUACAGUACAGACCAAAAGUUUGGACACACCUUCUCAUUCAAAGAGUUUUCUUUAUUUUCAUGACUAUGAAAAUUGUAGAUUCA